ACAAGAUCUACCAACAGAACCUAAAAACAUCCCCACCUACCCUUCACUACAAUAACCCCACAUCAGCAAUAUAUUACACCUCUAUAUAUAUCUAUAUCUAUCUCUCUAUCUAUCUAUAUAUAUGCAUAGACACACAGCUCUAGAUAGAGAGAAAGAGAACUGUUUUCUUGAUGUUGAACACACAAAUAAUGUGGGAUCUAAACGGGUCACCCGAAGCAGCUGAGGAACACAACAACAAAGGUAAGCAAGCCGUAUCUAAUUCCAGUUCGUCUGUCAUGUUCGUUGACCACGACGACUUUUCCGACCAAGAUGAUCAAGAUUCCGACAAGAGUAUGUCUACAAACCCUACAUCCACCGGUGAUAACCGGUUGUUUGGGUUCAACAUGACCGACAACUCAUCCUGGGCCUCCAACCCGCCGGUCACUCAUCAGUUUUUCCCGUUGGAUGGUUCUGAAGUAGGCCCCACCACGUCCGUUGGACCGGCCAUGACGUCAUUUCCAACGUCUAACUGGGUUGGUGUCAAAUUUUCCAACCAAACUACGUCCGAUUCUCCAUAUUUUGGUGUCACCGGAAAGGUUGUUAAUGAUGUUGCUCAACCGAUCAAGAAAAGCCGGCGUGGACCCCGGUCUAGAAGCUCUCAGUACCGGGGUGUUACCUUUUACCGGCGAACCGGCCGGUGGGAAUCACACAUAUGGGAUUGUAGGAAACAGGUGUAUCUUGGUGGAUUUGACACUGCACAUGCAGCUGCACGUGCUUAUGAUAGGGCAGCAAUUAAGUUUCGGGGUGUGCAGGCUGACAUAAACUUCAAUCUUGAAGACUAUGAAGAUGACCUAAAACAGAUGAGCAGUUUAUCAAAGGAAGAGUUUGUGCAUGUACUUCGUAGACAAAGUACCGGUUUUCCUCGAGGCAGUUCCAAAUAUCGCGGAGUUACUUUGCAUAAAUGUGGUCGAUGGGAGGCUCGAAUGGGCCAGUUCUUGGGGAAAAAGUAUGUGUAUUUGGGUCUUUUUGACACUGAAGUUGAAGCUGCCAGGGCAUAUGAUAAAGCUGCAAUUAAAUGCAAUGGGAAGGAUGCUAUUACAAAUUUUGAUCCGAAGAUUUAUGAAAAUGAGUUCAACUCCACUGAAUGUUCGAAUAACGCCACCACUACAUCAUCGGAUCAUAAUCUUGAUUUGAGCUUAGGGGGGAAUUCCACCUCAAAUAAGCCACAAACCAUUGAAUUCGGAAAUGAGUGCCAUAUUCAAUCGACACAUUCUUCAAACUCGAUCCAGUUCGGAUUUAGUUCACCACCGGCAUAUGGGUCAGGCUGGUUUGAUGGAGGGAGAAGAGAAGGGUAUAAUGAAGCCGAGACGAUCCGGCUUCUGAGCCAGACCCACCUACAGUCUCCUUCUGCACCUUUUAGGGGUAACAAUGAAGCGCGUGCAUACGGGCAUUUUAUGCAGCCCAAUGACCCAGCCACGCUUCAUACGUUCUACCCGAACGCUAUCAACCCACCGAGCCAUCAAAUGUACGCAAACAGCAGCACCGCACACGAUGGAGGACGAGGAAUUGAUCCAUCCCUACACCAAAUGUAUGCAAAUAGUGCGGCAGCAUCAUCAGGAUUCCCACAGCAAAGAUUUAACAUCAGACACCCCCCUUAAAAAACACUCACAACAAUUGGGUCCACGUACAGCACAACAAAACCUAGUCACCACAUUUUGUGUUAAAUGAUGUUUCUUUGUUUUGUUUGACCAAGAAAGAGUCAAUGUCAUUGGUUUUAAAUAUCUAGCACAACUAAACAUACAGUUGACUUUGACCCUGAAGAUCAAUGAUUUUGGUGUUCUUGAGUUAUAUAUGCAAGUCAAAUUAAUUAAAGGAAUGAAGACUUUCCUUAUCAUUGAUUA